GGAGUCGUGGGAGAGGGAGACAGAACAGGUGGAAGAUGGCCGGAGAGGCGGGGAGCGGCGGCGACGGGGGCGUGAUAGUGGGCGACGGGGGCGUGAUAGUGGGGCGGAUGAAGCUGGGCUCACAGGGUCUGGAGGUCUCCAGGCAGGGCCUCGGCUGCAUGGGCAUGUCGGCCUUUUACGGACCGCCCAAGCCGGAGACUGACAUGAUCGCUCUCAUCCACUACGCUAUCCGCUCCGGUGUCACCUUCUUCGACACCUCCGACCUCUACGGCCCCUUCACCAACGAGAUCCUCCUCGGCAAAGCACUGCAAGGUGGGUUGAGGGAGAAUGUGGAGCUGGCCACCAAGUUCGGGUUCAGCUUCCAGGACGGGAAGAGGGAGAUUCGUGGAGAUCCGGCAUACGUCAGGGCCGCCUGCGAGGGCAGCUUGCAGAGGCUCGGCAUCGACUGCAUCGAUCUCUAUUAUCAGCACCGCGUCGACACCCGGGUUCCCAUCGAGGUCACAAUGGGAGAACUUAAGAAAUUGGUGGAAGAAGGAAAAAUAAGGUACAUUGGAUUGUCUGAGGCCUCUGCAUCGACAAUCAGGAGGGCACAUGCAGUUCACCCAAUAACUGCUGUGCAACUGGAAUGGUCUUUGUGGACAAGAGAUGUCGAAGAAGAUAUAAUUCCUACUUGCAGAGAACUUGGUAUAGGCAUUGUUGCAUACAGUCCACUGGGAAGGGGCUUCUUUUGUUCUGGACCAAAGAUGGUUGAAACUCUGUCUGAACAUGAUUUCCGUAAGCUCUUGCCUAGGUUUCAGCCUGAGAAUCUCUCUCAAAAUGCCCUUAUCUUUGAACGUGUAAACGAACUAGCUGAGAGGAAGGGAUGCACCCCUUCACAACUUGCUUUGGCUUGGGUUCACCUUCAAGGAAGUGAUGUGUGUCCUAUACCUGGCACCACCAAGAUCGAAAACUUUAACCAGAAUAUCGGAGCACUAUCAGUAAAACUCACACCCGAGGAGAUGGCUGAACUUGAAUCAUAUGCUUCGGCAGAUGCUGUCAAGGGUGAUAGGCAUGGUGCUGCCAUGAAUACAUGGAGAACGUCCGAUACUCCUCCCUUAUCCUCAUGGAAAGGUGAAUGAACAUCUUCCAUCUGUUCUAGAAUGGUUGUUGUGUGAUUUGCAAGAAGAUGAACUCAACAAAACCUACUGGUUGAGUUGUUUCAGCUCCUGCCUGUUAUUGGAUGAAAUAAAAUGCUUUGUUUGCAGUACUAAAUCAUUACUGGGUUUUCCUCAA